AUGAGUUUCAAUAACGGAUACGGUCAGAUGCCCGGAAUGGGCUUCGGAGGCAAUGGAGGAAACUUUGGUGGCGGAGGGUUUGGCGGCGGCUACGGCGGGAACUUUGGAAGCCCAGGAGGUAGGGGACGAGGAAGGAGAGAUAACAACAGAGGAGGUGGCCGUGGUCGAGGUGGUGGAGGGCACGGAGGUGGCAGACCACCUGUACCCGAAACAUCCGACAACCGAUUGAGAAAAAUGGUCAUCAAGCUCGGAGACGAUGAGGACUUUGAUCCUAUUGAAGAUCCCGCCAGACUAUCAAAAGUACUCAAGCGUGGCUGGCAAGAAGGUACAGUAGGCGUCCUCGAAGGGUUCCGUGUCAGUGUCACGCAGCAACCUCACAAGCAUGGCUACUACGUGGGACUUUUGAGCGCUCUUGCCCGCCCGAGUGAAUCCACUCACACAGCCACAACGGAGGAAGACAAGUCUAUUGAUGAGGACAAGACGCCUGCUGAGCCUGCGUAUGGCAAAGAGAUCUUGGAUGAUCUCAACAGAGCCUUCAGGGGAUGGGUAGAGGCUAGAGAGUGGCAGAAUGUCAGAUUAUGUUUGCAAUUUUUCUCGCUGCUCCUCCCAGCUCAGCUUGUCACUCCCGCGUCUCUCUACUCUGUCUACAGCACUUUAUUGAAUGUCAUCGACGAAGUAGGAGGUGGCGGUGACCGGUCUGAGCGUGCUGUAAGAGCUGUUGGUGAGGGCAUCAUUCGCUCUGGUUCUGCCUUGGCAGAAGGAGAUGCUACUCAAGUGGACGCUCUUGUCAGUCGGAUCGAGGGUUUCAUCCUCGGUAGGCGAAACGAAAGCAAGCCCCUCCGCAGUCCUGUGGCUCCCAUCGUUGCUGCAGGCCAAGAACAGCCCCAGUAUUCAGACGUUCUUGACAACCUCUUGGCGGCUCUUCACGCUUUCCAAGCCUCCAAUUGGGCUUCCCCCAAGAUUGUGCCCUCGUACAUGCGAGAGAUUGUCCUUUUGCCUGGAGCUGCUCCUGCCGCUUACGAGCUGCAAGACGUCUCUAUGCCCCCUGAGCUGUAUGAGGAGGAUGCCGAUAAUGCGGAGGCUGGUGAAGGGCACAUUGGCGUACUCAACUUCUUUGCUGACGAUGUGAGUACCAUUUUUUUGGAAGCGCGGUCUGCUGACAGUACAAAGAUUGUCCCCUCUCCUGGCUCUGUCGACGGAUGGUCCCUCCGGAGUCUUGUUCUUGACAUCAUCAACCUUUUCGAGGUCAACCGCAAAGAGGCCUCUCAUAUUCUCCUCGAUCUUCGCAAGUUCCUCCCCCGAGACACUUUCAAACCCGCAGCCCAGCCCGCCGAUGCCCCUCCCCCUGUAUCCACAUGGUCUCUCGAGUCGCUCAUCAUCUCUUGCCUCCUCAAUGCUAUGCUCUUGCUCCCCAAAUCUCAGCACAAGCUGGUUUACUACGGGUCUGUCAUUGCGGAGCUUUGUAAGGCGAGCCCCAACACUGUCGCACCCCCUGUUGGAAGGGCGAUGAGGAAAAUCUACUCGCUGUUGGGCUCUGAGGGGCUUGAUGUGGAGAUUGUGAGGAGGAUUGCAGACUGGUUCGCUCUCCAUUUGAGUAACUUUGGUUUCCAGUGGAUGUGGAAGGAGUGGGUUGCCGACCUUGACCUUCCUCUGACCCACCCCAAGAGAGCGUUCAUGCGGCGGGUCGUCGAGCUUGAAAUCAGAUUGGCCUACUAUGACCGUAUACUGGACACUCUUCCCGAGCCCAUGACCGCCGAGAAUGCCGGUGUGAUUGCCUCCGAGGCUCCUGAUCCCUUCUGGGCCUACGAAAAGGACGACCACCCUUUGCAUACCGAAGCUACUGGACUCCUUUCUCAGAUGCGACAAAAGUUGCCCAGCGCCGGUAUCAUCAAGUACAUCAACGAGCUGCCUGACGCCUCUUCCGGCCCCACUGAGCCCCUCUUCCCCGCCACCCGCACCAUGGCUUUCGAGACCAUCCUUCAACUCGGUUCUCGAUCAUUCUCCCACUUUUUGAAUGCCACCGAGCGAUACAGCGACGUCCUCCGGUUCUUGACGCCCGAUUUUGAGAGUCGCCGAAUUUUGCUGAAUGCUGUCAAGUCGUACUGGCGCCGAUCUAGCGAGAUGCGACUUGUCACUAUCGACAAGUAUCUUCAGUACGGUAUCUUGGAAGGAGCGGAUGUCGUCGAGUGGAUCUUUACCGAUGACGAUGCUGAGGGUGAGGAAGGUGCUGGAUGGACGGAUGGAGACAAUUGGGAGGUAUUGGCAAUGACUCUGGACAAGCAGGUUGGGCGGGCGAAGGCUAUCAGGAGAAAGCUGAGGGCUGUCGAAAGGGAAGAUGAGUCUGCGAGGGCUAGGAGAGCGGCUGAUAAGCUCGAACAAGAUGAAGACGUUGAAGCGGACGAGAUGGCCGAGGACGCUCGACCCGAGACUUCCAAGGAAGCCCGAGAUGCCCAAACAUCUCUCGAUGUCCAGACCAGCCGCCUUGAGAAGCUCCUCAACAAGACUUUCAAGCACUUUAUCGCUGCUCUCCUUCCCUGGACUGCUGCGGACCAAGACGAAGGGGCAGCUGGAAAUGUCAACGAGGGCCUCAAGGGGGUCUUGACGCUGCUUGACAGCGAUGAGGAAGGUCUUUGGGGAGUCAGGGCCAAGUGGGGAUGGUACAGGGAGUUUGUCAGGAAGUAUCAAAGCCAUCUUCUCCCCCUUGCCGAGACUAUCGACUCUGCUAACUUUGCUACGUUGACCAGGGCAGACGAUGGGUCGGCGGAAUCGAGGGCUGAGAAGAUGACCAGAGGAGUGUGGGAGGUUGUGCGAGCUUGA